AUGACCACCUUGAUCCAUGCCCAGGCAUCAGUGAUGGAAGAGGAUGUGGCCGAAGAGUCGAACAUGGCAAUCAGUUCUGUCAACAACAUAUGUGUCAAGUCCACAAUUGCCAGGCUCCAAGGACUAGAUCAUCAGACUUCUGCAUUGAUCACGGGUGCCCUGCAGUGGGAUGCCAUCAACCCAGGCAGUCACAUCCCCAAGAGUGGUUUCGAGGUGACACCGAAAAGGUGUUCUGUGAGGAGCAUGCCUGUAGCUAUGGUGGUUGUCGAAACCAGAAUGCUGAAUAUUCAAAUCGAUGCCUGCGGCAUGGAGGAGGCGGCACGUCGAGAUUCAGACAAGGGGUGA